UGGCUCGAGUGGCUCCAGCAUCUUCCGUGGGGCACCCCGAGCACGGCCGCGACACGGUGGAGACGCCAUGACGGAUGAGAAGAAGAAGACUUCUCGAGCAGCCACCCCACCGCCCAAGGAGCGAGUGAAAGAGCCUGAGAAGCCCAAGGAGACGAAGAAGGAGGAAGAAGAGAAGGAGUUUGGAGGACCAGUUGGGAACCUCUUCAUCAUGGUGACGUCCCACAUCCUCAUGUUUUGCAUGGCCGCUUCCCUGUAUGGCUGUGAGGUGUCCCAAUAUGUACCAACGGUGAAAUCCGUGGUGUGGUUCUUGUGUUAUCACAGCUCACAAGUCCUCCUGGCGCGCUUCAUGCCCGGAGUCUUGGUUCAGACCAACGGCUUGGACUACAACUGCAAUGGUUAUUUGAGCUUCUGGACCACCUUGGCCGGUGCCUUUCUGCUUCAUGCAGUGGGCAUUUUCGACUUGACCACCUUGGUGAAGGAGUAUCCGUCUUUCUUGACGACCGCCAUCAUCCUUGGUGACAUCUACGCUGUGAUCAUCCACGUCUGUCAUGCGAAGGGCAAGGAGCUCACCAGCAUCUACGACUUCUUCAUCGGAACCGCGCUGCACCCUCGUGUCGGAAAGCUGGUUGAUGUGAAGAUGGUCGCUGAGGCCCGAGUCUCCUGGACCCUUUUGUUGCUGAUCACCUUGGGCUGCAUGGUGGAGAGCCAGCGCCGCCUGGGGAGCACCACGCCAUCACCCGUGGCCUUCAUGGUUUUGGCACAUACCUUGUACGGCAACGCGUGCGCCAAAGGAGAGCAUUUCAUUCCCUACACCUGGGAUAUCACCACCGAGAAGUUUGGUUGGAUGCUAUGCUGGUGGAACCUGGCAGGUGUUCCCUUGCUCUACUGCUACCAGUCGCUCUUCUUGUGCCAAUACUCCUGGGAUGGUUUGACCCUUCCACCUCUACCAAGCCUCUACUAUGCAGUCUUGUCAAUAUGCUUGGUGGGCGCAUAUUGCAUCUGGGACGAGGCCAACUAUCAGAAGUGCUACUUCCGGGCUGACAUGAGGGGGCAGUUGAUCCGACGCGAUUUGUUCCCCACCUUUCGGCACAUCGAGAAUCCGAAAUACAUCAAGUGUGAGCAAGGCGUGUUGCUGACCGAUGGAUGGUACGGGAAGGCCAGAAAGAUCCACUACACCGCCGACACGUCAAUGGCCUUGCUCUGGGGCCUGGGCUGCGGCUUCAGCUCCUUCCUGCCGUACUUCUACUUUUGCUUUUUCGUGGCCAUGAUCACUCACCGUACCUACAGAGACGAAGUGCGGUGUCAGAAGAAGUAUGGGGCCACCUGGGACAAGUACCUCAAGGCGGUGCCAUCCAGAUUCAUCCCUGGGGUGUGGUGAGGAGAGAUUAAGCCUCCUCUUUGAUCUUUGAGAGCAAAAAUUCGAUGCGAAGGUUGAAGAGCCCGCAUGACGGAUGUUGAGAUCUCAACAUCAUCACCUUUUCAGGGAUGACUGAGCUGCUGAUGGAUAU